AUGCCUUUCAGUGAUCAUAAUCCUCGGCUCAACUUUCUCAAGGACGCUGCUAGUCACUUGAAAGCCAUUAGCCCUUCCACCGCAGCUCAUUUAAUGACAGCGCAUAAUCACAUUUUUCUGGAUGAAUGCAGGCCGUUGAACCAGCGCCAGCAAGAGACUUCUUGUGGUGCUUGUGGGAGCGCCAGAAAUCCCAAAACCACCAAGACCAUUCAUGUUAAGAAGAACAAGAGCCUGCAACGAGCCUCUGCGGCGAAAGGAAUUGCUGCUCAUGGAGCAACGGUCUACAAAUGUCUUCGGUGUCGUCGACGUACGGUCAAACCCUCUCGAAUGGAAGCAGCACGGCCAAAGGUUGCAACGAAACCUAAGCUAGAGACCCCACAACCUGCAUCUCUAGGAGGAUCCCCUGACAAGCAGGUCACCGAUGCUGCAGAAGUCAACCAGCCCGUUAAGCCGGCAGACAAUGCAAGCAGUAGGAAACGGGCCAAAGCACGAAAGCAGGGCGGAUUGCAAGCUCUGUUGGCUUCCAAACAAAAGGCACAGUCCAGUUCCUCGUCACUGGAUCUGUUUGACUUUCUACAGCAGUGA